AACACAGAGAGACGGAGCGGCCGGGAGCUGACAGCAGGAUGACUCCGCCCCGUACGUCCACUGCCUUUAAAUUGCUCUGCACCGCCGCCUCUGUCUUCAUUUCUCACUCAGUUCUGAGUUUUGAGAGAGCUUGUACAGAGUCGCCGACAUGACCGAGACCGCAGCCGCUGAAGUCGCUCCUCCACCGGCUCCCGUCGCUGCAACCAAGGCUCCCAAGAAAAAGAACGCGGCCGCCCGGACCAAGCCAGCCGGUCCCAAACUGGGCGAACAGAUCGACAAGAUUGUGGCGGAUUGCCGCAGUCCCCGAGGGGUGUCCAUAGUCGCGAUAAAGAAGGGGUUGGCCGCCAACGGCGUCGAUGUGGAAAAGCUCAAAAGUCAGAUCAAGAUGGUCAUUAAAAGGAAAUUGGAAAGCGGCUCCCUGAUUCACACCAAGGGCGCAGGUGCCUCCGGCUCCUUGAAGGCCGCUAAAAAAGGAAGUAAUGCCAAUGUCGUGAAAAAAGUGAAGAAACCAGCGGCCAAAACAUCUCAGAUCAAGAAGCCAGCGAUCAAGAAAACUGCGGCCAAGAAAACAGCUAAGAAAUCUCCCGCCAAGAAACAAAGUGUUAAGAAACAGACGGCUAAAAAAGCGGCAGCUAAGAAACCAGCGGCCAAGAAGGCUGCGCAGAAGACCAAGAGCCCCAAGAAGAUCGCAGCUCCGAAGGCGAAAGCGCCCAAGAAGUCGGCAAAACCCAAGUCGAAGGCGAAAUCGGUGAAAACCAAGAAGGCGGCUGCCAAAAAGUAAACUGAAAGCGCAAGACCUGAAACCAACGGCUCUUUUAAGAGCCACUCACAUCUCCCACGAAAGAGUUAGAACAUUUACAUUUGUA